GCGAGUAGCGAGGCGACCUGGCGACCAUACACAAACGCACAUGUUUUGUCUGUUUCAUGUUCACGCGGCGAUCGCAUUAGCUGGAAGCUGGAAACAUUAAUCGCUAUGAUCGCUAUUAGCAUUUACAAAUAAAAAUAUCACCAUGUUGGCAAGCCAGCGAGUUUUCGCCUCAAAAGGAAGCGUGUGCCAUGCCACACUUGCUCGAUUGAUGGCAACGAAAGUCAAGACCGUUGGAUUGCUUGACGAAUCGCUCACUGUUGAGGCCUCAAAGGAUAGUUUUUCAGGCAAAAUACAUCCAGGUCGAAUAGCCAACUCAGUAUCUGAUUUACCUCCUCCUCUUUUAAGAGCCAUUGAAAAAGUUCUGGCAGACAAGAAUGUGAGCAACCUACAAACAAUUGGGGUGAAACUUGCAAAACAAUUGCAAGGCCGAUUUGACCCUGCUAAGGCCACUGAAGGGAGGAAAUGGAAAAAAAUUGAAUACUCCAAAAGCACCUGCCUCUCCUACAUGCUGAGCAGGAUGCCAGCAGAGUACUCAGCCGUGGACCGAGCCUUCACCGAGAUCUCCAAAUGGUCUCCCAACUUUAUACCAAAAACAAUUUUUGAUUUUGGCAGUGGUGUCGGUUCUGUUCCAUGGGCUGCAAUUUCAAGGUGGGGCAAAAAGUUGGACGAAAUAUUCUGCAUCGACUCGUCACCUCACAUGAUAGAGUUAGCAGAGCUGCUUUUGAAAGGAGCUGAUGCCAAUGGACAGUUUUUUAUUCCAAAGACAUAUUUUAAGCAGCUCAUGUCUCCCAAUCCCAACCGGAAAUUUGACUUGGUCGUCAGUGCUCACACACUGUUUGAGUUUCCCACCAUGGAUAGUCGUCUAGAAUGCUAUCUGAACCUGUGGAGGAAGACUAAUGAUUAUUUUGUUCUGGUUGAGCAAGGCACCACUGAAGGGUUUAAACUGGUUGAUGAGGCCAAAGAGUUCCUGUUAUUCCAAUCGAAAAAAGAUGGCCAGGAAAUGCACGUCCUUGCUCCGUGUCCGCACACUCAAGCGUGUCCGCGUUUGCUGCGAGAGGGCGACAGGACUCCUUGCAAUUUCCAGAGUCGGUAUACAGGAUUUAAAAAUGACUUGAGCCAAUCACAAAGAGAGAGAUUUUCUUUCGUAAUUCUUGGGAAAGGUCCAAAGAAAAGCGCCGUUCCCAAGUGGCCGCGCAUAGUAAGACAACCAAUGGUCCGAGGUGGCCAUGUGGUUAGUAGAUUGUGCACGCCAGAAGGAAAACUCGAAGAGGUUAUCUUUACAAGAGCAAAAGAUGGAAAAGGGUCUUACCUGUGCGCGAGGUCUAGUGAAUGGGGAGAUUUGCUGCCAGUGAAGGUCAGAGAAAAAGAGUUUGUAGUGCGUGACAAGGUUGCAAGAAAAGAUGAACAAACCGAGCAAUCAGAUGAAGAAACAGACUUGAAACAAGCCAGUAAUAACGAGUUGUAGAAGAAAAAAUUAAAUGUUGAAUUUUGAAAUGAAACAAUAAUAAUUACUUCUAAUGUG